AUUUUUCUUACUCUUUCAUACACGUCGAAGGCUUGCCCAGUCUUUUAUUUCUCUUUUCUGUUCAGUUUCGUUUAGCGUGUCGUCGCCCGUUAGCGCUGAAAGUCCCGCAAACGCGCAAACAUCGCCUCCGGCAACUAGCCCCAUUUGAUCCGCCAUUUCAUUUUGCGUUUAAAGUCAUUGAAUUUUCCUUUAUUACGGUCUUUUUUUUCCUUCCACUUUCGACUGGCCAGUGGCGCCCAGCAGCGGACGCACCACUUACACGGAUUCUAAUUUUUCUGUUCACUUCUAUGCGAUUGCGAGACUUUACACGGCAGCCAAAAAAGAACCCGCAGGGCUCCUAUAUCCUGUACACGCACAGACACAGAGGGAACCUGGCUCCUGCUCCUCCCCUUCUCUUUCUCACCGCCUCCUGCCUUCUCCACCUCUCUGCCUCCUUGUGUCCGUGUUCCGUCACACGGGGGGGGCUUCUGCUAUACAAACUGGUGCUGCUGCGCUAUACACAACUAGCGCUACUACAGCCAGGCGGCUAGUAAGGGAGGGAAAUACGAGUAGGAGGAGACGAGAGGCAGCAGCAUUGGGGGGAGGGAGGAAGGGAAGCAACACCAAAAAAAAAAAGUUGUCCGAACGGCCACCCGUCAGCGCACAACUCGUCCGGCUUCCAUGGGCAGCGCAUCCUAAAAAAUUCCGGCGGGGUGCGCGCUCUUCUUUUUUUUAAAAAGAUAUUUCCCACCAUUUUUGUUUUGUGGUUUUUGUUUUGUUUGUUGCACGAAAAAAAAAACACACACACACGCGCGUGUUUUGUUUAAUUAUUUUAAUUUGAAAAAAACGAAAAAAACCCGUUGUUUGUGAACGGAAAAACAUUUCAUUCGACUGCUGGACUGUGAUGUGCUCUGAACGUGCGUGAACGCCCAGUGUUUUUUCUUCGUUUAAUUCCGGUGGUGAAACAAUUCGAAUCAUUUUCCUUUUGAACGUCCAAAAAAAAACAAAAGAAAAACAAAAGGAAAGUUUAACACUGAUCUUCUGUUUUGUUCGAACAAUUGCGAUCGGAUGUUUUCGAAGAAGUGCAAGUGGCAAAUCGACCUGUUCGUCAGAUGACAUGGAAUACAGUUGAAUUGGAAUUGGACGUUUCUAACGAACUGACUGUUUUAAAAACACUUUGGUGCGUGUGCUGCGUGUCUCGACUCAAACAUUGGAAAGAGAAACAAAAAUGAGUGCUGCGUUCUGCCAGUUCGAUUAGAGAAAAACAAUCGACUUGAUCAUUUCGAUUUGCGAUCCGUCGGCUUCAAAACUAAUUCCUUGUGUGUGCGUCUCGUCCGUUGAUUGUCGUCGGAAGUAUUUUCUUCAUUUCCUGGUUGAGUGAUUCUGAGCCAGUAUUGCGCUGUGGCGAAUCAUCAACAUGUCGCGAAGGAAACAAGCGCGUCCCAUCCGACACCUGGACGACGAAGAAGGUGGACCCGUUGGGUCGCUACUCGACGGCCAGGAGGAAGACAUCGAGGCUUCGACCACUAACACCGGCGCUGAUGAAGGAGGACCGGACGAUCGAAUGAACAACAAUAACGAAAAGAGAGGCCGACGCAGGAAGAGAGACGAAGAUGACGAAGACAUGAUGACGGCCAGCGAUGAAGACGACCAAGAGGCCGUCAGUGACGUCGACGAUGAGGAAGAAGAGGAUCCUGAAGAUCUGCCGGCCAGACUUAAGAAACAGACACGCGAAAGGGACGUCCUGCUGGCCACAUCAGCUGCUCUGAUGAACGAAGUGGCCAUGACGGACAAAGCCCUGAAUCUGCCAUUCGCAGCGGCCAGUCAGGCUGCGCUUGGAGGCCAAGCUGGAUCGACUGAUCCAUCAGCCGGAAACGGCCAGCUUCCGUUCCCGUACGCGGCGAAGCUGGCCGAUGCCAACGUGACGCUGGACGCGCUUCAAAGCACCAAAAUGGCCAUCGCCCAGUUCGCCGCAACGGCCAUGGCCAACAAAGAUUCGCAGAGCCCGGCUGCUAUGCAAGAGCUGGCCCUCUUGCAAUCAACUCUGUACGCUCUUCAGCAACAGCAAAUGAUGCAGUUGCAAUUGAUCCAGCAGCUUCAGCAGCAAUUGCAGAUGAACAAUCAAACCGACCAAGCGGCCGCCGUUCCAGCAGCGGCCAGUUCGACUGACCGACCAGUUGGCGCCAUCAUCAACCAAUUGGCCGCUUCCGGCAGGGAAGGCGGAAUGGCCAACCUGAUGGGAUUCGUGGCCAAUCAUCAACAUGCCAACAGCCUCGUGGCUCACGAAACGGACCCUGGCACAGCAGUCAGAGCCUCCAGCGGCAGCGAGAACAGUUCGCGCACUUCAACUCCAGCGGCCCGUCCUCGCGAGAGCGGACCUUCCGGCCAAGCGGAACUGCGCGGUCGGAGCGCGUCGGCAGCUCCGCAAUCGCCGCGGGCCGGUGGCAAAGACGUCCGCCGAUCGCGGGAAGAACAUCACGUUCCAUCGUCCGCAACGGCCAAGAUUCUUCCGGCCCAGUCAGCGCCAUUAACAUCUAACAUAACAGCAGCAACUACGGUGACGUCCGGCAGCUCAUCGUGGACCAGUUCAAUUUACUCUCACAACACUUUCUCGACGGCCAGUCUCAUGUCGCAACUGCCCGGCGGAUCGCUAGCGGACACCAUCCUGCAGACGUCGGAGCCUCCGACCAAUCCGGAGGGACCCAGUACGCUGGAUCUGCUGCAGAGGACGGCGCAGCAAGUGUUGAACAACGCCUCGCAAGGACUGCUGGCCACCAAUCUGGCCGACGAGCUGGGCUUCCGCAACGGACUCGGAGGAACGUCGGGAGGCGGCCAUUCGGGCAGCGGAUCGAACGGCGCGGGCGACGGAGGUUGCGGCAACGGCUCCAGCGGAGGUAAGAAAGAUCAGCUGUUCAAACACCGUUGCCGCUACUGCGGCAAAGUGUUCAGCAGCGACUCGGCCCUGCAAAUUCACAUCCGAUCGCACACGGGCGAGCGGCCGUUCAAGUGCAACAUUUGCGGCAAUCGAUUCACGACGAAGGGCAACCUCAAAGUCCAUUUCCAGCGACACGCCCAGCGUUUCCCGCACGUCAAAAUGAAUCCGCACCCCGUGCCCGAACACCUGGACAAAUUCCAUCCUCCGCUGCUGGCCCAAUUCGACAUGGACGAGUCGAAAAUGUCGCCACCUCCGCCGCCUCCGCCGCCGGCCGGACCGCAUCAUCACCAUCAUCACCAUCACAGUUUCCUCCCACCGUCUUCGUCAUCCAUCGCCGUUAGUCACGCAGGUCAUCACCAUCAGCCGCACCAUCCGGCCCAGUCCAGCAGUCUCUUCCGUUCGGCCCCCGUCGUGCCCGUAUCCAAUUCGUUUCUGUUCCGGCCGCAUUCCCUCGGCGAUCUAAUGCCGGCCGGCAUCCGCCCUAUGUUUCCACCUCUGAUGGCCGUGCCGCCGAUGCCCAUAGACACUGCGGCGGAGGAAUCGCCGGCCAAGGAAGUGGCGGUUCCGGAACCGGGGCCGAUUGAGAACAACACGAAAGAGACGGAACGGCCGGAGUCACCGAUCAGAGCGGACGCGGUCGUCAAAAUCGAACGGCAGGACGAUGAGAGCAACGACAACGAGGCUGACAAUGAAAUGAACGAGCAAAGGGAAACGGAUUCGCCCGUUGGCGAUGGCCGGGACUCGUCCGGUGAAACGCCCCGACCAGCGGCGGAAGCAAAAAACGGCGAAACGGCCGAUGAAAACAGCCGCCAUGCGGACCAUUCGGUCGACGACCAAUCGUCGUCCACCAGUCAACAGGAUGAAGUGGUCCGUCCGUCGAUGGACGAGCGGAUCAAAUGCAAACUGAUCAGCCACAAACCUUACGACGACCUGGAAGAUUCCGACGACGACGGCGAUAUGGACGACGAACCAGCCAAUAAAGACCACAACAACAGCACGGACGGGCCGGAAAACCUGUCCGGCCGUAGAUCGACCACCUCUUUAUCAGACGGAGCGGAAGGAUCUCCUCCACCGGCCGCAGUGGGCAACGGAUCGCUCCUUUUUCAGCAACACUCAUCCAACAAUUCGGAAGUAGACAGUCCAGCCAACUCUGGAUCGAUUCGUUUCGCUUCGUUCCCUCCGCAAGCCCUGGCCAAUGGUGGCCAGCCUGCGCCCGGUUUUAUGCUCUUACCUAACGAUGUCGAUCCGGCCAAAGACCCGGCCAUUUACACCAAUUUGCUGCCCCGUCCCGGCUCCAACGACAACGCCUGGGAGAGUUUGAUCGAGGUGACGAGAACGUCGGACACGGCCAAAUUGCAGCAGCUGGUGGACAACAUUGAGAACAAGUUGGUGGACCCGAAUCAGUGCGUCGUCUGCCACAGGGUCCUGUCAUGCAAAUCGGCACUUCAAAUGCACUACCGGACGCACACGGGCGAGAGGCCGUUCAAGUGUAAGAUCUGCGGCAGGGCGUUCACAACCAAGGGCAACUUGAAAACGCACAUGGGCGUCCACCGGGCCAAGCCGCCCGCCCGUCUGCUCCACAUCUGCCCGGUGUGUCACAAGAAAUUCACCAACGGGCUCGUUUUGCAGCAGCACAUUCGUUUGCAUACGGGCGAACCGACCGAUCUGACCCCGGAACAGAUUUCGGCCGCCGAAUUGCGCGAUCCUUUCCCUCAUCCGGGAUUUCCAUUUCUUCCGGCCGGAUUUCAUCCGUUCUUACAUCAUCACCAGGCAUCGCCAUUCCUGCAUCAUCAUCCGGGCUUCGCUGGACUCCAACAAGGCCCCGAUGGGCUGCCCAUCGGAUUCCCGUUCUCAUCCCGCAAUCUCCAAGAUGCCAAAGAUGCCAACGGAGUCUUGAUGGGGGAGCACAGAGACGGCGAUAACGACGCUGAUUUGGCCGGCGAUGCCGAGAUGGGCGGAAGCUCUUCCGAGGCCCUUUCGCCCACUUCAUCGACGGCUUCAUCUCAGCAACAUCAUCAUCCGGGGCUGUUGGGUCUCCAGUUACAGCACCAAUUGCAGCAGAGGAUGCAGGCGGCCGGAGGUGAGGGACUGAGCGAUGAGGAGCGUCAUCAGCUGAUCAUGGCGCAAAUCAGCCGGGCCAAUGCGGAAUUCUUCCGUAAAUAUCAACAGGAUUUCGCGGAUAUGACGAUGAUGGAUGACGAUGAGGACGAUGAAGACGGUGACGAUGAAGACGGCGAAGAAGAGGAAGACUCUUCUCUCCACCAGGACGAACAGGCGAACGAACUGGACUCGCCCGACCGUCGGACCGCAUCGCCUAGCAACGAACGCGCUAAGAUCAUGCGAAGCGAUUUGAUCAAAACUGAGAAAAUGUCUGUCAGUUGCGACGAAUCGUCGACGGCUGAGCAAAUACGUCAGCAACAAUUGCAACGUCUGCGUCAGUUUGAAUUUUCGCCAACUCGCGCGUCGACUCCGGGCGAAAAGCCGCCGGCCAUUAAGAAAAUUCCGGCCAGCCCGACGAUGGUCGUUAGUCGACCGUCGUCGACUAACGCGUCUAUCCCGCUACCUCCACCACCGACGCCACCGUCUAAGCCAUCGACUGCGGUUGGCCAACAUCGGCCGUCUGUUUCUCCGCUGGACUUGACAGCCGGCCGCGGAGGUCCACCCAUUUUCGGUGGGCCAACGUCUUCUUCUUCUUCCAUUUCGUCGGCAUCAACGACCUUCGUUCCGGCUGCUUAUAACAUGCAGCAAUCCGGCGGGGGUCUAACUGUAUCCAGCGGACUGACCGGGACGUCUGUUUCAUUUUCAACAUCAUCCAGCCCGGCCAUCAGCACCAACACUUCGCCAGCGUCGGCCCUUUCGUCGCUAACGACGGCCGUCAUGGCAUCGCCAUCUUUCAACCCGCUCAACCUGCCAAUCAGCGCUCCAGGCCGCGGCAACACCACGUGUAACAUCUGCUUCAAGACUUUUGCUUGUCACUCUGCCCUCGAGAUCCAUUACCGCAGCCAUACAAAAGAGCGGCCGUUCAAGUGCGCCAUCUGCGACAGAGGAUUCUCCACAAAGGGCAAUAUGAAACAGCACAUGAUGACGCACAAGAACCGAGACGGCACGCCCAUUUCGGUCGAGUUGCUCAACAGCGUCAAUGCCGAUCGUUCGCGGUCAAGAUCGUCUUCGUGCUCCGUUAAGGAUUCGUCGAACAAAAGCAAUUCUUCCGACGACUUCAACCUGCAUCACAACCAGCACCACCUACCCCCGCCGCCUCCACCGCCGACUGGCGGCCAGUUCAACGAUCGCCGGACUUCAGCCAACAACAACCUGGCGGCUCUGAUGAUGUUGAACAACCCGAGUCCGGCCGCACUCAAAGAGCAUUGCCUGUCGUUGACCAUCCAGCACAGCCACGACCGUAACGGAGGUGGUGGCGCUCUUCACCACCUGCAUCACGAGAACGGCUUGCCUCUGAAAGAGCAAAACAAUUCCGAGUUGCUAUUGGCAACGGCGCAGCAGCAGCAACAGCUGAUGCACAUGCAUCAACGCUCGGCCAUGUCGCAUCGCGCUAAUUCAUCGAGCGUUCACAAUAAGCGAGAACAGGCGGCCAAUCAACGGCCGACGGAUGAUUCGAGACGUCGCAGACGCUCUUCCGGUAGCAGCGAAAGUAGCAGCAGCAUCAGCCCGGCUAGUCAGUUGGCCGUCGCUUCGGCAGCGGCCAAUUCAGCCGGAUCGCAACAGCAACAGAUUUUGCAUCAGUCCAGUCCGCCGCCCUAUCGCGUUCACGGAGCUGCCCGUCGAUCGGCUCUUCCCGUACCACCGGGACCAUUGCCCGAACGCUAUUAACAUAUAAUCAGUUGGCCUUGGCUCCCGCGAUGGAUCUCAUCGAAUCUUUUUGGCCCGUCCGAACCCGGUGCUGCAAAAGGCUCUGCAUUUGGACGCUGCAUUUGUUUUAUUUUAGGGAAACAGAUUCUACUAUUUGCCCUUUCUCUCCUUCCCAUUUCACGCACAUCUGGCCCACCCCCCUCAUAUACGAGACACAUAUCGUUACCCCUUUAGAAAAUAUUUCGCUCGUUAACAUUGUUGAAGAUGGAUUGAAUGUUUCUUGUCGUUCGUCAAUCAGUUCUCCUUUUUCAAAAUCAUUUGCGUUUGGUCGGCGUUCAGUUUCUUGCUCUUGAGCUUCACGCAUUAGUUAUACAUAUACGUGCACGUUGAUGUGUGUCCCUCUCUUUCUCUCUAUUCUUUUUUCUUCUCGUUUCAUUCCUUUCUAAUGACAACACAAAUGUUCAAAUCUCUAUAUUUAUCGAUUUUAGAUUCAUUUUUUUUUUUGGUUGUUGUUUUGAAUAAGGAGGUAAACCAAAAAAAAAAAUUGGGGGAAAAGAAACAGCGUGAAUUUCAUGUUCGUGAUUUAAUCUGAUCGUAUGAAUUUCUUCACUUUUCUUGGCUGCUGAUGAUGAAUGUGUGCUGUGUUUAUUAUACUGUAACAUGAAUAACAGAAUUGAAAAUAAGGUUUGCUAUUAGAAGAGGCUUGAACCUCCCCUGCACAUUGACACGAGUUGGAAGACUAUUUGGCCCGGGGGCACUCGCGCACGUUUCUUAGGCAAGGCUAAAUUCAAAAGUGCAACCUAGACGGCCUUUCCUUGUCCACCUAAAGUCUCCCUCUGUUUAGUAUUUUGUUUUUGUUUUAUUUACUGUACUUCUUCUUCUCUUUUGUUUGUUUUUUUCAAAGGAUGAGUCCCGAAAAUUCUGUAUACAUCUCCAUUACAAUUGGCAUAUGAAUCUAUAGUGCACACACAUUUUUUAAAUUCUUUUUUAAGAAUAGCAUACAAACUCUUUCUUUUUUAAACCACCAACUCGGCGUCAUUUAAUUUCAUUCUUCCUUUUUCCUUAAACAAAAAUCACGUUUUGAAAAAAGAAUUCAAAAAAAAACAAAACACGGUGGAAAAUCUUUUGUCUGAUUGGAUCUGUCAUAUACAUGUUCCUAACUAGAUGCUAGUCGCCUCCUCCGCUCUACUCCACUUACAAAAAAAAACAAAAAAAACAAAACAAAAUAUUUUGCUUUUUGUCAUUUUUUGUUUCUUAUGCGUAUACAAGUGUGAAUACAAUAUAAAUGUUAGGCUAUACACGAACGAUUGGGACUGUUUGUCUGACCCUUUUAGCUUUGUCAAAUAUAAUUCGUGCAACACACGCACGCAGAAAACAACAAGAAACGCAUUGUAUAAAUUUCAUGUGUAACAUUUCUAAGUUUCUUUCUACAAAAUUGAAUUUCCCGCUUCUUCUUCAUUUUUUUUUUUCAAAAUUCAAUGUUUUCAUUUGUCAUCAACGUUCGUCUAUUAUAUCCAACUUCUCUAUACAUUUUAGUACGGUAUAUACUUGCCACUUUAUAUUCCUCCCGAUUCUCUCCACCCAUAAAGUCGCCCUUCUUUUGUUUAAGUGUCUCUCUCACUUCACUUCGUCUUCUGUGCUCCAUUGUACUUUUCGUUUCGAAUUUUGACAUUUGUUUCCUUAUAUAUCAUCUCCCCUAUAUUGCUCGGGGUCUCUGGGCAUAUUUCGAAAGCAAAACAAACAAACAAAAAUGUCAUCACGAUUGCGAAUAAAGGAAUAAUACCAUUGCAAA